GUAACCCAGAUGUUACUGCACUUUGUAGAGCUUGAUAUUAGUAAUUGCUUUAGAUUGGUGUUUAUUGACACAACCUGAGUUCCGGGUGACACACAUCUACAGGAGGCAUGGCAACUGCUGUCAACUUUACCCUUGAUCAGUUCAACGACGUCUACAACAAACGAUACCUUCCUGCUACAGUGUACAUAUCGGCCAUGAUGGUGGUGGGCCUCGUGGGCAAUUCUGUUGUCUUUCAUGUAUACCUGAAGAAGUUCAAGCCGAGCACAACAAGGUGUUUCAUUCUUGUGGUUGCCCUUCUGGAUAUUCUCAAUGCCCUAUUAUGUUGUCCAGUACAAAUAUUUCAGAUGAGAAACGUUGUAAUGUUUGGCAGUUCAGGGGCGUGUAGGUUCAUGAUAACGAGUGUGACAUAUUUCAGCACUGCGUCUGGUCAGGUGUUAAUAUUAGUGGCCGUUGACAGAUACAGGAAGGUUUGUCGACCCUUCCAGAAGCAGAUGACGCCAUAUACAGCCAAACUGGCUUGUGGACUUUUGUGUCUCGUCUUGCUGGUGCUCAUGAUUCCGACUCCACUGAUUUACGGCCCUAAAACUGUGACACGAUAUAAUGUCAAUAUUACCAUCUGUCACCCCCUGCGAGCCAGAGAGGACUACUAUAAGGCGUACACUUACUUUUGGAUCUUCAUGUUGUUCGGUCUGGUUACCUCCCUUGGUGUUCUGUAUUCCUGUAUCUGGUGUCGGGUCUAUCAGCAAUUGAAGUACAUGCAGAAAUUAAAAGCAUCAAAUCGGGUGGAACGCGUCGGUGGUCCCAAAAAGCAUAGGAAAAUGAAUCAGAGCCAAGUCGAAGGAGGCGUAAAAUUGAAUUCGUCUCAGGAUACAUACGAAUCUCAACAUACUUCACCUUGUAGCCAUGAUUUAACCUCAACCUCUGUAAGUGUUCCUUGCCCUUGUUCGGAGAACUCUCACAUAAAUACUGCUUCAACUUCUGUUAUGGUAUCUGACCCUAGUUCAGAAAUGCACAGCCGAAAUGAUUCAACAACCACAAAUUCAUCGCUGCCAAUGUCUGUCCGAACCGGAAGUGACGUCAGGAACGCGUCACAUGAUAAGGGUGUCAGAAAGAUGACGUUGACGUUGUUUCUGGUGACGAUGGUGUACGUCCUGAGUUGUGUUCCCUAUUUCACAGUCACAACAAUGAUGUCAAGAGAUCCUAAAAACUACGAACGCCUCGCCAUGAAGUACUCCCUUUUCUCCAUCUUAGAAAAGUCCUAUCACCUGCAGAUCGCUGCCAACCCCUUUAUCUAUGGCUUUCUUGAUAAGCAGUUCCGCCGCGAACUCCGACUGAUUUGUAAAAGGAAAUAAUGAGUGAACAAGUGAGAUAUAAGUUGAAAGACAUCUGACAUCUGUGGAACUAGAUGACUGUUUCCACCUGUAAAUUUCACCCAUUCUGAUUAGUCUGCAUGUUACUGUUCUUAUUUACUUAUAGCACUUACAAUAAUAAAAUAGUUCCUUAAUAGAA